AUGGUUAAAGCAGUUUGUAUUCUUAAUGGUGAUAAACCAGAAAUUAAAAUAACUGGUGUCGUUACUUUCGAACAAGAAAAUGAAAAUGCUCUUACAAAAAUUAGUAUUGAAAUCAAAGGUUUAUCACCUGGUGAACAUGGAUUUCACGUUCAUGAAUUUGGUGAUAACACAAAUGGAUGUACCUCAGCUGGACCUCACUUUAAUCCAUUAAACAAAAACCAUGGAGCUCCUAAUGAUGAAGAACGCCAUGUUGGUGAUUUAGGUAAUGUUACUGCUGAUGAAGGCGGUAACAUUAAAACUAUAAUUACUGAUAAUAAAAUUCAAUUAUUUGGUCCUAACAAUAUAAUUGGACGAACAAUUAUUGUCCACGCUGGCGUUGAUGAUCUUGGUAAAGGUGGUCAUGUAGAGUCUCUUAAGACUGGUAAUGCAGGUGCUCGUCUCGCUUGUGGUGUUAUUGGUAUAGCAGGACCACCAAAAAAAGUUCAACAAAACCAACCUUCACCAGAAUCAUAUCGUAGAAAUAAAUUGUGA